AUGAAAACAUCAGAUCGAUCCAAAAAAAUUUACGAAAGUAAUAUCGAUUGUUGUACAUCCCUCAAAUCGACCCUUUCAUCAUCAAUCGGUCCUUUCGGUCUCGACAAACUCCUCAUCACCCCGUCCAACAAGAUUUUAGUGACUAACGACGGCUCCACAAUCCUCAAAAAUUUGUCCUCAUACCAUCCGAUCACCAAAAUAUUAAACAACGUGUCAAUGACGCAGGAUAAAAUGGCCGGUGAUGGCACCACCAGCGUGGUGAUCCUGACCGCACAGAUUGUAGAGAAUGCGAAGGAGUUGAUGGAUGAGAAUGUGCACGCCAGUGCUAUUAUAAGAGAGUUGAGGAGGGUGAAGGAGAUUGUGAUGGGAUAUUUUGAGCGCAGUAAAAUACGUGUUGAGGACUUUAGCAGUGCAGUGCGGACAUCGCUCAGCUCCAAGGUUGUGAGUGCUGCGAUGGAUGAGCUUGUGCCCUUGGCUUUGAAGGCGACUGAGUAUGAAAAGCUGAAGGUCGUGAAAAAAUUGGGCGAUGAGAUUGAGAAUUGUGUGGUGGUUGACGGGUACUGUGUGAAAAUAAAGAGCGAUGAAAAGAACAGCGAAAUUGCCGAUGAGUACGCGAUAGGACAGGUUAGUACCGCACUGCAAAAGAAGUACCGAAUUGCGCUACUGCAGUACAACCUGAGUGCACCCAAGCCGAACAUUGAUUCAAAGAUCGAAAUUGAAGAAAAGAUAGAGGAAAUAAUUAAGGAGGAAAGGGAGUACGUGUUUAAUCUGGUGAAGAAACUGAAGGUAAAUAGAGUUGAAGUAGCCUUUGUGCAAAAGAGUAUUCUUAAGGAGAGCGUAAGCGAUUUGGCAGAGUACUUCCUCAAUAAAUUGAAAAUAAAGUUUUUUGUGCUGGAGCGAGAAGAGAUCGAGGAGAUAAGUCGUGUGUUUGAGAUGAAGACGAGCUCAACGAACAAUAUCAUCACGUAUGACAUGAACGUAGGCUUUUACGAGGACAUCAUUCUGCUGAAUGAGCCGGAAGCAAAGGUGGAAAAGGAACGUGACAGAGAGAACAGGACAAAUACGGGCGAAAAGAUGGAAACUGCUGUGGUUGAGGGUAAAAGAAGCGAAGUAAAGAAAGACGAGAACGAAAAAAUAGCGAGCGGCGCCACUGAGAAUAGGCGCAAAGCCGAGAAGAAAGUCGGGUCUCUCAUCGUUCGGGCAAGCGACAACAUCCUUCUCGACGAGACGGAGCGUAGCCUCAAUGAUGCUAUAUGUGUAGCAAGAUGCCUCAAAGAUGAGCCAUUUAUAGUACCUGGCGGGGGGAACGUGGAGAUGAACAUCUCGCGGCUGCACGAGAAUGAAAUACAGAAGCGGAUCAUGAACGCGUUUGUGAUCGUUCCAUACUUUCUCUGCAAGAACGCUGGUCUAAAUUUCUACAAGAUUGGACAGGUAGCGGACAAUAACGGUAUUGAUUGCGUAUCAGGCAGCGUAGAAAACAUGAUCGAAAGGAACAUCGUUAUGCCUGUGAAAGUGGCUAAGAGUUACUUUGGGUUAGCCCUUGAAACUGCCAGUUUUGUUCUAAGCAUCGAUGAUAUUCUGCCAAGCUCUCAAUAA